AUGGAUCAGCCACUAAGCCUAGGAUUCAUUGGCCUUGGGGCUAUGGGUUUGCCCAUGGCCUCCAACCUCGUCGCCAAGGUGGCGAAGGGUUCUCAAACAUACGUCUACGAUAUCUCAGAGACCUCCAUGAAGAAACUCAUCGAUCAGACAAAGGAUGCAGUAAUAACAAUGUGCAAGUCACCAAGAGAAGUUUCACAAAAGGCUGACAUAGUGCUCACAAUGCUUCCAGAGGGCAGUCAUGUGAAGACCGUCUACUUGGACCCAGACACCGGGAUAUUGGGCCCUGAGCUGAAGUCCCGCUUGCUCAUCGAUUGCUCAACUAUCGACACGGAGACGUCACAGCUGGUAUCAACCACUAUCAAAUCCCAGUUUCCAUCCACAUUCUUCUGUGAUGCACCUGUAUCUGGUGGUACCCUCGGUGCGGAAGCCGCUACAUUGACUCUGAUGAUUGGCUGCUCCGAGAAAAGCCCGAACUGGCCAGAAAUUCGCGACUUACUGAGCCUCAUGGGCAAGAAUAUCAUUGCAUGUGGCGGCCUAGGGUUGGGUCUUACGGCAAAGCUUUGCAACAACUACUGCUCAGCGCUCAUUUCACUUGCAACAUCCGAAGCCAUGAACAUCGGGAUGAGAGCGGGCAUGGAUCCUCGACUCCUCGCGCGCAUACAUUGGAGGCAACGAAGACUGGCAAAGGCGGAAGCCCACAAGACACUUUACGACAAAGGACUGAAGAUUCGAUAUGAGGUCGCAGGGACUUCUUACGUCGACGCAGCUCUGGCUGGUGGGUCGUCCGACUUUGCCAGGCCAAUGCAAGAGCUCGUCACAGAAGCUUGCUGGGGCUCGGUCUGGGCUCGGCCAGGCUUGGAGAGAAAGCAGCGAUCUCUCUUAAACAUUGCAAUGCUGUGCGCUCUGAAUAGAGCCCCCGAGCUUGCAGCUCAUGUCCGUGGAGCACUGAACAACGGGGCGAGUGAAGUAGAGAUUCGGGAGACACUCCUGCAAGCGGCUAUUUACUGUGGAAUGCCAGCUGGUAUCGAGGGGUUCAAAGUUGCCGAAAAGGUCAUUAUUGCUUGGAACGAAGAAAUGAAGCAGAAGAAGUUACCACCCGGACCUCGAGGGCUCCCCAUCAUUGGGAAUCUCUACGACCUCGCAGACUCAGAACUUGUGCGACAGAAAGUCCGCGAAUGGCAUCGCACCUAUGGCGAUAUCUUCUACACGAAAGUCGGGGCGACUGACUAUAUCUGGCUUUCAUCACCAAGAGCUGUCAAAGAUCUUAUGGACAAGAAGUCGGCAAUAUACUCAUCACGGCCGCAUCUCCCACUAGCGCAGGAUGUUGCAAGUGGGAAGUCCCGACAACUGUUCAUGGCAUACGGGCAAGACUGGAGGAACCUGAGAAAGCACAGCCAUGCCCUUCUCAACUUGAAUGCUUCGAAGAGAUACAUGCCAUCGCAAGACCUAGAGUCAAAAGUGGUCCUUCAUGAUCUGUUAGAUCAGCCCGAUGAGUUUUACACCAUUAAUCGGCGCUAUUCUACCUCUGUUAUCAUGCUCGCUACCUAUGGGUACCGCAUUCCUUCCUUCCAAGACCCGAUCAUCUCCAAGAUAUUCAGCGUUCUGGAAAAUCUUUCCAUCAUGAUGGCUCCUGGCGCCUUCGCCGUUGAGAGUCUACCCGGCCUCGCUAAUCUUCCCGAGUUCCUCUUGGGAAACUGGCGCACCUGGGGCAAGAAAGCAUUCGCUCACGACAGCAAGAUUUGGCUUGAGCUUUGGGAGGCUUUGAAGAAGACAACGGACGACGGUACUGCCAAGGACUGCUUCUGCAAAGACUUCUACCUCGGCGACCCCAAGAAGAAUGGCAUCGACGACUUGCUCGCGGCGUAUACCUGCGGCGGCCUGGUUGAGGCGGGUUCCGAGACAACAGCUACCACUAUCAAUAACUGGACCCUGGCUAUGACUCUUUUCCCCGAAGCAAUGCGGAAGGGUCAAGAAGAGAUUGACCGUGUCGUCGGUAGCGACCGAAUGCCCACAUGGGAAGAUGAGAAAGAUCUCCCUUACGUUCGGGCGAUGAUCAAAGAAACCUUGCGAUGGCGCCCGGUCAACAAGUUCGGGAUGUAUCAUGCUUCCACCGAGGACGAUUGGGCUAUCCAGCGUGAUCCAAGUCGCUACGAAAAUGCCGAUGAAUACGAUCCAUCUCGGUUCCUCAACAGUCCACUCUCUGCGGCGGAGUACAUGAACUCGCAGGAUCCCUAUGAGCGCGAUCACUUUUCCUAUGGUGCUGGCCGGUACGUAGUUUCAUCCUGA